GGGACGUGUUUUUUUUCCGAUCGCCAGCCUGAGCGCUAGUGUCGACAUGGCGGCUGGCGGAACCAAGGAAGUGAGCAGGACCAUGAUCACCUUGGCGCGCAAGGGCCGCUGGGAAGGCGACGCCGGGCUGAAGCAGCAGCUCUCCGAGGCAGUCAAGAUGCACAUCGACCUUGACUAUUGCGAGAGGCCAUACUACCGGUCUGCUCUUUGGGAAGCGACCUGGCGAAACCACGAGAUCAUCGUGAAGGCCUUCGUGGAGAAAGGAGCGACCAUCGACUUCAAGGACUACCAAGAUAGAACGCCGCUGCAUGAGGCCGCAUACUACGGCCACUUGAACCUUGUGGAAUACUUUGUAGAAAAGGGAGCGCCGAUCAAUGUGGUGGACAAGUUUGGGCAAACGCCUCUUUUCCGGGCAGUGGACGGUGGCCGCCACGACGUGGUGAAGUACCUCGUCGAAAAGAAGGCGGAGACCAACUGGUUGGACAACGAGCAAUGCUCAGUGCAGCACUCCGCGGCCUUCCAAGGCUUUCCUGCGAUGUCCACGUGGCUGAUCUACAAGGGCUCCUGGAGGAAUCGCUUUGCCAUCGAAGGCAUGGAAGCGGAGGAACUUGGGCUCACAAAGGGACCCGGCGAGGACGAGCGGAGGCCUGAGAUCGCCUUGGAAGAGAAAGGCGAGGCCUGAGAUCGGCCUGGAAACGAAAGCGUAAUGAAAGACUAGAGCGCAAGAGGCGCAAGCAACUGAGCUUGGGCUGCAGUUCAAUUUGUUAUGC